CUGGCGCGGCUGGACAGACAGCCCAGCCAGAGCCGGGAGGACGGUUGCGGCGCGGGCCUGGGAUCCCAGGCGUCACGCCUUCUGCCUGACACAUUCCUAGUCCGUCUGUCGGAUCCCGAGCCACCUACCCUGACCUGAGCCCGCGCGCGGCUGGCGAGCCGGACCGAGAGAGGGCAACUCCAACCAGAAGCCACAUCACAGGUAGCAAGGAUAGGACAACAAUGAAUGAUCAUGGAAUUCCCUGAGCUGGUGUUAGGUGCCACAGGCACUGAGGAUCUCACCAGGAGGGGACGCACGGAGCUAGGGACCAGCAAGAUGGCGGACGAGGCCUUAGCUGGGCUGGAUGAGGGCGCCUUGCGGAAGCUGUUGGAGGUCACCGUGGAUCUGGCAGAGCGGCGGCGCAUCCGCUCGGCCAUCCGGGAGCUGCAGCGGCAGGAGCUAGAGCGAGAGGAGGAGGCCCUGGCAUCCAAACGCUUCCGUGUUGAGCGGCAGGACAACAAGGAGAACUGGCUGCACUCUCAGCAGCGAGAGGCCGAGCAGCGGGCUGCUCUGGCGCAGCUGGCAGGGCGGCUGGAGUCCAUGAAUGAUGUGGAGGAGCUGACCGCGCUGCUGCGAGGGGCCGGCGAGUAUGAGGAACGCAAGCUGAUCCGGGCUGCCAUCCGCCGAGUCCGGGCCCAGGAGAUCGAAGCGGCCACCUUGGCUGGGAGGUUGUGCGGUGGGCGUUCCAACAGUGGCUCAAGAGAGGACAGCAAGGGGCAGGCCGCACAGAGGCUGGAGCGGUGUGAGGCGCCAGAGCCAGAGGAACGGGAGCAGCGGGCAGAGGUCCCAGAGCCACCCCCCGAAGUCACCAGUCGGGAUGUGACCACCGUGACGCUCCUGCUGCAGGUGCCCCCUGGGAGCACAUCCAGCUCCCCUGCCUCACCUGACAAUUCCCCCCCCUCCGCCUCUCCUGAGCCUCCGCCAGAGCCUGCCGAGGCCCAGGGCCCUGCCGCUGAGGCUCUGCGUAGCCCCAAGCCACCCCCCAGCCCACCCAGGGCCGCCAGCCCACCCACGGCCGCCAGCCCUGAGCCCCAGGAGACUGCAGCCCCCCACAGCACUGAGAGACAGGAGGUCAACGAGCUCCUGCCUGGCCCCACAGAGCCCCCUGCGGCCCAAGGCCCCAUCAAAGGCCCUUCCAGCACAAAGAGAGCAGCUGGACCCCACCCUAGCCAACGCUCCGUGCUCAGCCCCCGCCAGCCGGCCCAGAACCGAGAGCCCACCCCUCUUGCCAGUGGACCUCCCUCAUUCCAGCGGGCCGGCUCCGUGCGGGACCGCAUGCGCAAGUUCACGUCUGAUUCUCCUAUGGCUCAGGAUGGCCCACCUCGGGCAGCCCUAGGUCCCUCGACCCCCGCAAGGCUCCCGGGCUCCUCCCACGUCAGCACCACCCCUGCCUCCUCCUCCAGCCGCUCCUCCGCACGGAGCUCCAGUGAUACCUCCUCCCGGUUCAGCAAAGAGCAGCGAGGAACAGCCCAGCCCCUGGCCCAGCUUCAGAGCUGCCCCCAGGAGGAGGGCCCCAGAGGGCGGGGCUUGGCUGCCAGGCCCCUUGAAAAUGGAGCAGGGGGGGCCGGGGCCUGCUCAGAGGAGCCCGGUGCCCUGCUGCCCGUGGCUGUCGGCACUGCCGAGCCAGGGGCCAACAUGAAGACGACAUUCACCAUUGAGAUCAAGGAUGGCCGUGGCCAGACCCCCACAGGCCGGGUGCUGCUGCCCACAGGCAGCCAGAGGGCAGAACUGACGCUGGGGCUGCGGGCACCCCCCACCCUUCUCAGCACCAGCAGUGGGGGCAAGAGUACCAUCACCCACAUCAGCGGCCCUGGGACACCGGCCCGGCUGGGCACUGUCACUCACGUCACCAGCUUCAGCCAUGCCUCUCCCGGUGGGCAAGGAGGCCGCAGCAUUAAGGCGGCCGAGGAUGCUGGGACCCCGGUGGCCCACCCGCCUGCCUUCAGCACCCGCCGCCGCUCCUCUGCUGGUCCUGCCCACAGCAGCAGCCUCAUGGAACCAAAGCCAGCAGAGCCCCCCUCUGCUGCAGUGGAAGUGGCCAAUGGCACUGAGCAGACGCAGGUGGACAAAACACCAGAGAGGCGGAGCCCACUGAGCACCGAGGAGCUGAUGGCCAUUGAGGAUGAGGACAUCCUGGACAAGAUGCUGGAUCAGACGACGGACUUCCAGGAGCGGAAGCUCAUUCGGGCUGCGCUACGUGAGCUCCGACAAAAGAAGAGAGACCAGAGGGACAAGGAGCGGGAACGGCGGCUGCAGGAGGCGCGGGCCAGGCCAGCGGAGGCCCGGGGCAACGUGGCCACCGAGACCACCACGCGGCACAGCCAUCGGGCAGCCGACGGCUCAGCUGUCAGCACUGUCACCAAGACCGAGCGGCUCGUCCACUCCAAUGAUGGCACACGGACAGCCCGCACCACCACGGUGGAGUCGAGUUUCGUGAGGCGCUCGGAGAAUGGUGGUGGCAGCACCGUGGUACAAACCAAGACCUUUUCCUCCUCAUCAUCCAAGAAGAUGGGCAGUAUCUUCGACCGUGAGGACGAGACCAGCCCGCGAACCAGCAGCCUGGCUGCGCUGGAGAAACGCCAGGCCGAGAAGAAGAAAGAGCUGAUGAAGGCGCAGAGCCUCCCCAAGACCUCUGCCUCCCAGGCGCGCAAGGCCAUGAUUGAGAAGCUGGAAAAGGAGGGCGCUGCGGGCAGCCCUGGCGGACCCCGUGCAGCGGUACAGCGCUCCACCAGCUUUGGGGUGCCCAACGCCAACAGCAUCAAGCAGAUGUUGCUGGACUGGUGCCGAGCUAAGACGCGAGGCUAUGAGCACGUGGACAUCCAGAACUUCUCCUCGAGUUGGAGCGACGGCAUGGCUUUCUGUGCGCUGGUGCACAACUUCUUCCCCGAGGCCUUUGACUACGGGCAGCUCAGCCCGCAGAACCGGCGCCAGAACUUUGAGGUGGCCUUCUCCUCCGCCGAGAUGCUGGUAGACUGCGUGCCCCUGGUGGAGGUGGAAGACAUGAUGAUCAUGGGCAAGAAGCCCGACCCCAAGUGCGUCUUCACCUAUGUCCAGUCGCUCUACAACCACCUGCGGCGCCACGAGCUGCGCCUGCGCGGCAAGAAUGUCUAGCCUCCCGCCCGCACGGCCUGGGCCCGUCCCGCCCGCGGCCCGGCCAGCCGCCCCCACCGUCCAGGCACCCUCCCUCCCCGCCCCGUGCGCCUGCCGCCUGCCCACCGCUGCCUGGUCUGUCGCCACCCCAUCCCCGGCAUACACAAGCAGCGUUUUGAUAAAUUAUUGGUUUUCAAGGA